CCGCGGUCUUCCUUGCUCUAUCGCUACCAUCAUGUCCGACUUCGUCCUCGUUGCGCCUCGUCCUCGCCGUGUCAACUCGCUUGCCCAGCGUGCAUCUCUGCCUCCCGUCUCAAGGAUCUUAUCUCCACCCGUGGAGGCUCUGUCUCGUCUGAAGCUCGCUGACGGCGAAGGUCAGCCUGCCGACAACAGUGACGAAGCAAUUCCGUCCUCUGGCAGGAACACCGCUUCUCCUCGACUCAAUUUGCCUUCUGAUGCACUUGAAGAAUUUCUGUCUAUUUUACGACCGUCACUGUUUAGUCCCAGCUCUCCGACCUUCCGUGCUCGCCGCCACGAAUCUGGUUCUGGGCUGGCCAUCCCUCUAGAGCGCCCACAAGCUAUAAAACCGCGCGACAGUUCCCACACCAAAAGCCCUUCGCUCAACUCUGUUAAUCUUGAAGAUGGCAAUGCUACAACCGCUGCAGGCAGCAUCAGUCCAGCUGCAGAUGUCCGCCAAAGUGGCGAUAAUGAUCAGUUUGCUGGGAAUCUGUGGCGCAUUCCUGGCAUACUUGAGUCUCCCGUUUCUCGCACGCAUACGCGAAACCCUUUCUAUCGUCAUCCUUCCUACGAUACGGCUUUCUCGGGUGUCCUCACCUCUCAUUUGUCUCCGUCGCUCCUUCCUCUACCUCCGUCGCCUUCGCCGGCCCCUCUCAGUCUUUCCCCUCCCGCGGACGCUGAGAAUAAUGACUAUUGAACGUCAACUUGCACAUUUACGAUCGCGCACCCUCGUUUCCGGGCUGCUGCACUAUACCAUUUCUUUUUGGGUUGGAACAUAGCCCAUCGGGGGCGCUUAUUGUAUCUUGUAACCGGAUUUUUACGUUUGUAUCAACAGCAACUAAAAGGCAGUCGUGGCCUAGCUCCUACGUUCAUUUCUACCACUAUCGCCAUGCUAUUAUUUGUCCAGCAUUCCGCUUAUUUAGUUGAGCCCGUUAAUGAUUUUACACAUACCGUGUCGUACCUUCCACUCUUACUAGGUAGCACCGUAGUAGUUUCAAUCCCGCACAGAUAUAUAACACCGUAGUCAGUUUUCGUCGCAAUGCUUGUUUGCUAUCGUGAUAGUUCUUC